AUGGCCGAUGAUGACCCCCAUCUGUCGCUGCCAACCCCCGAUACUACCGUCAGCUCUGCCGCCUCCCAUUUCUACCCAUUCGCUACAUCCCCAGACGUUAUCCGCUCCCAUGAGAAAGAUGUAUUUCUCACCAACAGCCUGGUACAACAAUCGCAGUCGAUAAUCCGCUCUCUUCGCGGUGCCCGCUUCGCACACACCUACUCCGACGCCAUCAAACAUGUAACCGAGCUCCUCUACUUCUCGCUGACGACCGCCAUCGGCAACCGCACCCUCGGCGAAGAGUACUGCGACCUCGUCCAACUCGAAGAUGACACACUCCGUCUACCGGCAAUUUCCCGGCGCGUCGGGUACAUCCUCAGCAGUAUCCUAGUGCCCUGGUCAUUGCAGCGGCUUCUCCCAGCCCUGCGACAGCGCGUGCGCAACAAGCUCGAGCGCAGCAUCGCACGGCAACAAGUCCGCGCAGCACAGCAGGCAGGCCUGCUCCAUAGCAAACCCAACAACAAACCGCGGCCAUACUUCACCAAGCUGCGCAUCCAGCAAUAUAUCCUCGACCACCUAGACUCGAUCACAUCGCUUAACCCGAUCUACGCCCUCAGCAUCGCGACAUUCUACUUUACCGGCUCCUACUACCACCUCUCAAAGCGAAUCUGGCGCCUCCGCUACGUGUUCACCAAGAAGAUCGAUCAAAACGAGCAACGUAUCGGAUACGAGGUACUGGGCGUAUUGAUGGUCCUACAGAUCGCCGUGCAGGGAUUCCUGCACGUACGCAAACUAGGCCAGAGCAUGAAUGAAGACGAGAGCCAGUCCGCCGAGACGGGUGAGUCCCGCUCAGGGCAGGGUGCUCUGAUCCCGUCGAUUCAGAACCCGGCGGCUGUCCCCUUACUCUCUGGCUCUGCAGCCCGUUAUGAUCUAGACGAGGAUCCGGGCGCCGUUGCGUGGAUCCCCGAGGGACAGCAGCGGAAGUGUACGCUUUGUUUGGAGGCUUUCAAGGAUCCGAGUGUGACUACAUGUGGGCAUGUCUUUUGCUGGGUUUGUGUACGGGACUGGGUUCAUGAGAAGCCUGAGUGCCCGUUGUGUCGGCAGGACGUUUUGUUGUCGAAGGUGCUUCCUCUGAGAGGGUAG